ACGUGACAGCCCUCCCCUCGUCGCCAGCACCCUUCACAGCGGGGACCGCCUCGUCGACUGCCAGUGCCCCAAACUCGUCGUCUCGCGAACAGUCUCUCUGCGCUCUCCCGGCCGCUUCUCGCCUCCCGCUGCCCCCUGCACUCCUUGCGGCGAGCCCCGAGGCUGCUCGCGCCCGUCCCGCCCCGUCCUCGAUGCUACACACAUAGCCCGCCGACACCCGCUCCCUGCCCGCAGCCAUGGCUGCCGAAACCUACUCCGGGCUCGCCGACUACAUCAAGAACCUGGCGAGAGCCCACGACCCCGCCCGCGAUGCUUCGUUCAAGGCCCAGAUCGCCGCCAACGGCGUGCGCUUCGCCGCAAGUGCCAUCGACCUGCCCGGCCCCGACUGCGACGCCAAGGCCGCCCUCCAGCGCGAGAUGGCUGCGCUGUGCGCGCGCAUAGACUUCCUCGAGCACCAGAGCAAUGCUGCCGCCAACUCGGGCGCCCUGCCCAUGACCCCCGCCGGUGAGCCUGCCGAAGAGGGCCUCGUCUACACACCAGCGGGGCCCUUUGCCAAGCCCAGCGUGCCAUACGACCGUCGCGGCUCGACCAGGGAGCAGCGCGCGCUCUGGGUCAGCAACUGGCUCGCUGCCAAGGAGAGCAACGGCGACGACGACCAGGAGCCCGCCGCUGCCCUCACCGAGGAGCAGCUCAACUACCUGCGCGACCACCUGAACAAGCAGGCCGACCAGAUCAAGAACCAGCGCGAGCACAUUGACAACCUGAGCGCCGAGGUCAACAAGCAGCUGAGCAACCAGAACAUGGUCUUUGAGCACGGCAUCGAGGACAUUGGCGCCCUGAAGCGCGAGCUCGGCAAGCACCAGCAGGCCAACUUGGCUUUCCAAAAGGCCCUGCGCGAGAUUGGCGCCAUUGUCACAGCUGUCGCUAUGGGCGACCUGAGCAAGAAGGUUUUGAUCCACGCUAAGGAAAUGGACCCUGAAAUCACCCUUUUCAAGCGCACCAUCAACACCAUGGUGGACCAGCUGCAGGAGUUUGCCAGUCAAGUCACCUUCCUGGCCCGAGAGGUCGGAACCGAGGGCCGACUUGGUGGCCAGGCAAACCUGCCAGGCGUCGAUGGUAUCUGGGCAGAGUUGACCGACUCUGUCAACGAUAUGGCCAAGAACCUUACCGAGCAGGUGCGAGAAAUCGCCGUUGUCACGACCGCUGUCGCCCACGGCGACUUGAGCAGAAAGAUUGAGCGUCCGGCGAGGGGAGAAAUCCUCCAGCUCCAGCAGACGAUCAACACCAUGGUGGACCAGCUGCAGUCAUUUGCGACAGAGGUCACGAAAGUCGCCAGAGACGUCGGUACCGAAGGAAAGCUCGGUGGUCAGGCCGAAAUCGCUGGUGUUAAGGGCAUGUGGAACGAGCUGACUGUCAACGUGAACGCCAUGGCGCAGAACCUCACAACCCAAGUGCGGGACAUUGCUCAAGUGACAACGGCCGUCGCACAAGGUAACCUCACUCGGAAGGUUGAGGCCGAGUGCAAGGGCGAGAUUUUGGAACUCAAGAACACCAUCAACCGCAUGGUUGACCAGCUGCAGCAAUUUGCGCACGAAGUCACGAAAAUCGCGAGAGAGGUCGGAUCUGAAGGUAGACUGGGUGGCCAGGCUACGGUCCACGGAGUCGAGGGAACCUGGAAAGACCUGACCGAGAAUGUGAACGGCAUGGCCAUGAAUCUAACCACACAGGUACGAGAGAUUGCCGAAGUCACAACAGCCGUAGCAAGAGGAGACCUCAGUCGCAAGGUCAAGGCCGAGGUCCAGGGUGAGAUUCUGUCUCUGAAGAUCACCAUCAACACCAUGGUGGACCGCCUGAACACAUUCGCCCAGGAAGUCAGCAAGGUCGCUCGUGAAGUCGGAACCGACGGCAUCCUUGGCGGACAAGCGCAGGUCGACAACGUUGAAGGAAAAUGGAAGGACCUCACAAACAACGUCAACACGAUGGCGCAGAACCUGACGUUGCAGGUACGAAGUAUCUCGGAAGUCACACAGGCUAUUGCCAAGGGCGAUAUGAGCAGGAGAGUGCACGUCGAUGCCGAAGGAGAGAUUCGCCUGCUAAAGGACACCAUCAACGACAUGGUCAUGAGACUUGACGAGUGGUCGCUGGCCGUGAAGCGCGUAGCCCGCGACGUCGGUGUCGACGGAAAGAUGGGUGGUCAAGCCGACAUCCGGGACAUUGACGGUCGAUGGAAGGAGAUCACCACCGACGUCAACACAAUGGCCCAGAAUUUGACUUCGCAGGUGCGCGCUUUUGGCGACAUCACCAACGCUGCCAUGGAGGGCAAGUUCACGCAGAUCACAGUCGAGGCAUCUGGCGAGAUGGACGAGCUGAAGCGGAAGAUCAACCAGAUGGUGUCCAGCUUGCGGGAGUCCAUCCAGAGGAACACAGCUGCGAGGGAGGCCGCCGAGCUGGCCAACAAGACCAAGUCCGAGUUCCUCGCCAACAUGUCCCACGAGAUCCGGACACCCAUGAACGGUAUCAUUGGUAUGACACAGCUGACGCUCGACACCGACCUUACACAUGCUCAGCGGGAGAUGUUGACCAUCGUCCACAACUUGGCUGGUCAGCUCUUGACCAUCAUUGACGACAUCCUCGACAUCUCCAAGAUUGAGGCAAACCGCAUGGUCAUGGAGGAGAUCCCCUUCUCGAUUCGUGGCACCAUUUUCAACGCACUCAAGUCCCUGGCCUCGAGGGCAAACGAGCGCAAGCUGAACCUGGCCUACGACGUUUCCUUCACGGUACCGGACUACGUUGUCGGUGACUCUUUCAGGCUGAGGCAGAUCAUCUUGAACCUGGUGGGAAACGCAAUCAAGUUUACUGAGCGUGGAGAGGUCAAGGUUGCCAUCAGCAUGGCGCGGGAGCAGGAAUGCGGCCCGGACCAAUACGUCUUCCAGUUUGCAGUCUCCGACACUGGCAUAGGAAUCCGCGGCGACAAGCUCAACUUGAUUUUCGACACCUUCCAGCAAGCCGAUGGUUCGACAACCAGGAAGUUCGGCGGUACUGGUCUUGGAUUGUCCAUUUCAAAGCGUCUGGUAACGCUCAUGGGUGGUCGCAUGUGGGUCGAGUCCGACUUUGGCAAGGGCAGUGUCUUCUAUUUCACCUGCAGAGUUCGCCUCGGAAACCCGGACACCAGCGCCAUCCAGCCGAACCUCCGGGCGUACAACGGCCACACUGUCAUCUUCAUUGACCAGGGCCACACCAACUUCUCCGAAGAAGUCGUCUCGCACCUCAAGACCCUCAACCUCGUCCCCAUGGUCGUCGGCUCCGUCGAAGAAGUGCCGGCAUCGGACAAGAGGACUAACAUUGCUUAUGAUUGCGUCAUUGUCGACAACGACGCUACCGCACGAGAGCUGAGGGGCGAGGACCGCUUCAAGUACAUCCCGCUUGUCAUGCUCACACCACAUGUAGCGAUAAGCCUCAGGUCUGCCCUGGAGAAUGGUAUUUCCAGCUACAUGACCACCCCGUGUCUACCGAUCGACUUGGGUAAUGCACUGAUUCCGGCUCUCGACGGACGUGCCGCACCUCUGGUCUCUGAUCACUCCAAGUCGUUUAACAUCCUACUUGCUGAAGACAACGCUGUCAACCAGAAGCUUGCGGUCCGCAUUCUGGAGAAGUACCACCACAGGGUCACGGUGGCCAACAACGGUCUUGAGGCGUUUGAGCACAUUCAGAAGAAGCGCUACGACUGCGUUCUCAUGGAUGUGCAGAUGCCUGUCAUGGGUGGUUUCGAGGCUACAUCCAAGAUCCGCGAGUGGGAACGCGAAAACGGCAUUCCGUCGACAGCAAUCAUUGCGCUUACGGCUCACGCCAUGGUCGGCGACCGUGAAAAGUGCCUCGCAGCACAGAUGGACGACUACCUCUCCAAGCCCCUCCGCCAGAACCAGCUCAUCCAGACCAUCCUGCGAUGCGCCACAAUGGGUGGCGGUCUAUACGACGCCUCGCACUCCAAAGACAACCUCAGCACGCCCCAGCUCGGCGCGCCCUCUACAUCCCCCGCUCCCACGCCAUCGAAACGCCCCCAGCUCGAGAGCCGCGGCUUCACCGAGCGCGGCCCCGCGGCCGGCGCCAGCCCCAAGCUCCUCGCCGCCGACCAGACGGACGAGUCUGUCCAAGGGGUACUGUUGCGAUCCAUGUCUGAUGUGCACUAGAGGCUGAUGCGUGGCAGUUGCUUCUGCGGAGUCACAGUAGUUGACUAUCUGCUGACAAGAGGAAGAGGGGCGCAGACGACGGCGAGGGUGAUGACGAGGGCCGCCCUGAGACUAAGAAGAGCAGGGUCGAGGAGCUCGAGUAGCCGUGCUUCUUCCUCUUGUCGUGUCGGGAGGUUGUGUGGUCCAAGGCGGAUGCCCUGGACCAGCACCGUGGAUCACGGUGCGUGCGUUGAGCGGCUGGCGCGUCGCGAUGCGCAUUUGGGGUUGGCUAGAUUGGCGUUGUGUGCAUUCAUACAAAGGAUGGGAGUGCAUUCCUAUCGCCCUGAGCUGUUUUUGCGGUGCAUAUUGCGUGGCGUUUUCUCGUUGAGCGGGCGCGAC